AUGGUGAGUGUCGUGGAAACCGAUGUCGCGGCUGCGCUUGACGCACUGAAGAAUGCUGCCUCCGCCGCAGACGACAUGCAUCUGCGCGAUCUUCUCAUGGACGAGGACCGAUGCGCUGCAAUGGUUGCUUCCCAUACUGGCUUUCUUCUUGAUUACUCGCGCCAGCGCCUCACAAAAGACUCGAUGAGUCUUCUCUUUGACCUUGCUCGUCGAGUGGGCUUAUCCGAUAAAAUCGCAGCCAUGUUCAAUGGCGACAAGAUCAACACAACAGAAGGGCGUUCCGUCCUUCACGUUGCUCUUCGUGCACCGAAAACUGCGUCGAUUACGACUGACGGCACUGAUGUUGUUCCUGCAGUGCAUGAGGUGUUGGACAAGAUCAAGGGCUUCACCGAUAAGGUUCGUUCUGGAGCGUGGGUUGGUGCGACUGGCAAAACUCUGACUGAUGUUGUCGCCAUCGGCAUCGGUGGUAGCUAUCUCGGGCCGGAAUUCGUGUUUGAAGCACUUCGCAUGGAUCCCAAGGCAUCUGCAGCAGCCAGCGGGAGGCGACUCAGGUUUCUGGCAAAUGUCGACCCUGUCGAUGUCGCCCGCGCGCGGGAGGGUCUCAACCCAGAGACCACUCUGGUUCUCGUCAUUUCGAAAACCUUUACCACAGCGGAGACGAUGCUCAAUGCUCGCACGAUGCGUGCUUGGAUCGUUAAAGCACUCGGCUCGGAUGCAGUUGCAAAGCACAUGGUCGCAGUCAGCACAAAUUUGAAGGGGGUGGAAGCGUUUGGUAUCAAUCCGGAAAAUGCCUUCGGGUUUUGGGAUUGGGUUGGGGGUCGCUACUCAGUAAGCUCCGCUGUUGGCGUGGUCCCGCUGGCUUUGCAAUAUGGUUUCGAUGUUGUGUCUAAUUUCCUCGCUGGGGCACAUGACAUGGACGAACAUUUCAAGACAGCACCAGCAGAGCAGAAUCUUCCGGUAAUCAUGGGACUUAUCGGUGUGUGGAAUUCCACGUUUUUGGGGUAUUCUACUCGGGCGUUAUUGCCCUACCAGCAAGCACUACUUAAGCUUGCACCGCACAUCCAACAAGUGGAUAUGGAGAGCAAUGGCAAGCGUGUGCGUUUGGAUGGUUCGGAAUUGAACAUGGAGGCGGGCCCGAUAAACUUUGGAGAGCCGGGAACGAACGGGCAGCACUCGUUUUACCAGCUGAUCCACCAGGGCCGCGUCGUGCCAUGUGACUUUGUUGCCGUGAUUAAGAGUCAGGUGCCAGUGUCUCUUCCUGGGGAGCCCGUGAGUAACCACGAUGAGCUGAUGUCGAAUUUCUUCGCGCAGCCAGAUGCGCUCGCAUUCGGGAAGUCGGCCGAGCAGUGCCGCGUUGAAGGAAUCAGAGAGGAGCUAGUGCCACACAAGACGUUCCCGGGUAAUCGUCCCAGUUCUUCCAUGCUGAUCGACGAAUUGAAUGCCUUUACGGUGGGCCAAUUGCUUGCCUUAUUUGAGCAUCGGACGGUUGUGGAAGGGUUCAUCUGGGGGAUUAAUUCGUUUGAUCAAUGGGGCGUGGAGCUUGGAAAAGUGCUCGCCAAGGACGUGCGGACGCAACUCACGGCUUCACGCUCGGAUGGCGCAGACGUUAGUGGGUUCAACCCGUCGACUACGAUGCUUCUGAAGAAGUACUUAUCUGGAUAGAGUUGUGGAGACGACGUUAUUCGAAUGCACGAAGAUGUAGUAAACGGCGUGAUUGAUUAGGGAA